AUGGUACGUACGUACAAAAAGAAAAGUUCCAGAGGCAGUUGGUCUAAAGAAAGCAUGAAACAAGCAAUUGAUGCAGUUUUGAGCAAAACAAUAGGCUACAGAAAAGGAUUUCAACUCUACGGUGUUCCACAAACUACAUUGGAGCGUUAUGUCGUCAAAACACUCCAGGUAACUUUAAACCCGUAUUUUCCAAAAAAGAAGAAGAUGAGCUUGUGA